AAAACACGUCGCUGUGUUUAAGAGAAGAUCCAUUCCAUCAAAUUGAGCCGUCGUAGAUUGAUAUUAGUGACGAUGAUCUUCACCGCAGUUGAUGACGGUCGCGCUCCACGAACAGAUCUGUCUAGCGGUCCUCCAGCGCCUAGUCUCAUCUGAGGUCUGCUUUCAUCUCGAUCCGUGUCUUGGUUCACACAAAAGCAAAAGAGUAAGAGGCCUUCGCCUUGUGGUGCCCGCGUCUUGUGUUGCGUGUCGUUCGUCUGAACUUGUUGUUUCGUGUCUUUCGUUUUUCGGGCCCCGACCGGUUGGCUAAGUAUUCGAUAAUAGCUAAGAGCCCGUCCUCGUGCGCAAGGGCAUCAGUGUAAGGAAAAGGAGUUAUUUAGAUCAUUGCUCUGUGCUUCCUACGCCUUCUUCCAGUUCCAUUCUGUUCUUCUUCGUUUGUCUCAGCGGCGAACAAGAAGAUGCCGACGAUAGAGACGGAAACAAAACUGGACUUCAAGGACGUGCUGAUCCGUCCGAAGCGCAGCUUUCUCAGCUCCCGAAGCGAGGUCUCCGUCGAACGGGAGUUUACCUUCAAGAAUGCAAAGACCACGUGGUCGGGGAUACCCAUCAUGGCCGCCAAUAUGGACACGGUGGGGACCUUCGAAAUGGCAGGGGUGCUAGCGCCCAGGAAAAUCGUCACUGCUGUACACAAGCACUACUCCGUGGAACAGUGGUAGAAGACGCUCGAGCACCGCUCUUCGCAUUUUUUCUCACUGUAGUUGUACUCUACUUUUCUGGCACCACCACCGCGACAACCUGCUGGUGUUGUGAAGUCGUUUGUACCGUCGUAGUCGCAGCUCCGAGAAAAGCAAAAAAAAAAAACAAAUCUCCUUCUUCGAUCACAGGAAAUCCUUCGCCAAAGGGAAGGCGCCCGAGUUUCUCGCGCAUAUCGCUGCCUCCACUGGUAUAGGAGCCAAGGACAUGGAAAAGCUGGACUCGAUUCUCAAGGCGGUCCCGCAGAUUUCCUUUGUGUGCAUCGAUGUUGCGAACGGGUACGCGGAGCCGUUCGUGAACUUCAUCCGGACAACGAGAAAAAAGUAUAGAGCCGAACGAAGAUGAUGAUAAUGACGAGUUAUGAUGUUUCACGUGAACAGUUGAUGCUGAUGCUCACUGAUAUUUGCCUACACAUUUCUACAUACUACGAAACCAAGAACAUUACGCUGUUGUAUGAUGAAACCGACACUGUGGAUCGAGUAGUUGGUUCUUUUCAGUAGUUCAACUUGUAGCGGUUUAUUUCCCACUGCCAAGCUGCACCGCAAACGAGAAAGCAGAAAACAUUUCCCAAGUAAUAUUCAUGAGGUACCCGAAGCACGUGAUUAUUGCGGGCAACGUGGUGACACAGGAGAUGACUGAAGAAUUGAUCCUGUCUGGGGCCGACAUCGUGAAGGUGGGCAUCGGCCCGGGCUCGGUGUGCACAACCCGCAAGCAGACCGGUGUGGGCUACCCCCAGCUGUCCGCCGUGAUUGAGUGCGCGGACGCCGCGCACGGACUGGGCGGCCGCAUCGUCAGCGACGGCGGUUGCACGUGCCCGGGGGAUCUGUCUAAGGCGUUUGGGGCUGGCGCGGACUUUGUGAUGCUGGGGGGCAUGCUGGCGGGCCACGACGAGAGUGGCGGGGAGAUGGUGGAGAGCAGUCCGGGCAAGUUCGAAAAGAUUUUCUACGGCAUGAGCUCGGACACCGCGAUGCAGAAGCACGCCGGCGGCGUGGCGGAGUACCGGUCCUCGGAGGGGAAAACGGUGCGGGUGCCCUACCGAGGACCCGUGGCAGAAACCAUCAAGGACAUCCUGGGUGGCAUUCGGUCCAGCUGCACCUACGUGGGCGCACGGGAACUGCGGGAACUGGCCCGCCGCACCACGUUUAUCCGCGUGACGCAGCAGCUGAACCCCGUGUUCACGGAGGCACAGAAGGUCGACACGGUCGGCGAAAAGAAUGUCGCCGCAGCAAAGAAACGAAAAACUAGCACCGCAACGGAGUAAGGGCUAGAAGCAGCAUCAAGCGAUGACAGUUCUCGAAAGAGCAAGCUGUAGCUGUAGUAUCGCGCAACGAACACAAAAACGAAGAGGAGCAGGAGCCUCCUCCUGUAAGGAUUCCUCGAGUGUGGCCUCGCCGCGGAGGCCUCGAAGAGAAAGACUUGUUUAGAGAUAAAGGUGCAAUAAUGUUGCGUAGAGAAAAUAAAAAAAAGAAAAACAUUUACACUCGUCGUCGUGGAGGUGGGACGCACAAGUCUUUGUCUUUGCUAACUUAGACUAGCUGUGCGUGAUCAUGAAUCCACCGCAUAGUAAAUCCCAGAAGCCCAACAUCGCCGACAUGCACGUGUAAUCAAAGUUUCAUUUUGCAGGAAAGUCUCCCUUUUGAUUGGAAAACAACACUUUGACUUCUAGUAUGGCUGUGGCGAAGUCUUGUCACGGGAACGUAUCUUUGUGGCCUGGAGGAGGUCAUGCGAGCAGUCGUUCCUCCUCUGCUGCAUCAUGCAUUCUCACAUUUUUCUCAGGUGGAAAGAUCAUGGCGUUUGUUGAGA